CGGCUGUAGUUCAUUAAAUAAAUUUCAGUUAUAUAAAAUUGCACAUUAUCAUCAUUAACAAGCAUAAGACAGAAAGCAGACAACAUAUGCAAGUUACAUAAUUAAAAACUUUUAAUGCUUUUCAGAGUUUAAAAAUAGACGAUCCGUGUCGACAAUCUUUAUCAGCUUUAAUUCAAAGAUGACAAAUAAGUUCUAUAACAAGCAUAAAUAAAAAAAAUAUAUCAUAUUCAGAUUGUUUAAGUAAAACUCUAAUCCAUUCGCAGCAAUAAAUAUGAACUGUUUAAUUCAUUCUAUUUUAAAACUGAAAACACACAUAACAAUCCACUUGUUGAUUUCUUUUCUACGCCAAGCAGCUGUUCCACAAGCGGCAUUGAAACAUAAGCUCGCCAACACUGUCAUCCAAAUAGAAACAAACUAUUUGUAACAAAAAAAGACAAGAAGCGUGUCCUUCUUCUUCAGCAUCUGCCAUGCGACUGAGUAACCAGUAAUGUUGAAGUUUGGCUGCUUUUCGAGUUGUAUGGCUCGUUGCCAGGAAAGAAAAGGCCCAUCCUUUAUAACCGGAAGAUAGGAUGAUGAUUCACGGUAUCGAAAUUUUAUUGAAAUCCCGAAUUUAGUGGCAACAGUGUUAUAAGCUGAUAAAGACGAAACAUAGAGCAAACGGUAGUUUUGGAGUCGAAUGCCAGAGGAGUUGGCACUAUGAUUCGUUUCCCCCGUGAAGGUUAAUGUGACAGUAUUGCUUCGAAUCGGCUUCCUAUAAACGUCUUAGAUUCUAGAGUGGGUAGUCAGUAUGUCUUUGCUGAAAGCUUUCGUGUGUCAAGUGAUUUUAUUAGGAACGUAUAAGCUAUUUCUCGAACAUAUAUUUGACGAUUAUCUUAUACCAGAUGAGUUGACCAGAAAUUGCUUCGUCGGUUUCGUAUGCUUGUUGUGCUUUGGAAUCCAAUUAUACACGGAUAAAGCAGCAGAUGAAGACUUUGACGAAGCUGAGGAGGACUUAAAAGCAACAUCCAACUCGAGAGAAGCAGCGAGUACAAAGAAAUGUGAAUCAGCAGAAAUUUCUGUGACUCAGGAAACAAUUGGAUCGAACACAUUGGUCACGAAAACUCAACCUACUUCUCAAGAAAUAGGAAGAAUUUCCUUUUCUACAGCUAAGGAUCAGAUUACGGAUUCAAAAGAAGAGAUCAGUGCAAUACCAAAAUUUGAUACCGAAAAAGCUCCUCCAGUAACAAAUGCAGGCAUUUUUUCACAAUUUUCGACUAAUAUGCAUGAUUCAACUCCAAGUGUCAAAGCGGAUGAGACGAAAGUAUUUGUUUCAAAUGUGCAAACCUCAUACAAGCAGGAAACGACGACGAUUUCAGCAUCAAAUGGAUUAUCAGAAACGAUUGUCUGUGAAGAAUCAGACGAAGAUGAAAUAGAAAUCGACCAGUUUGAAACCAAAGAAUCUGUAAAAGAAGCUGAACCUUUGGUAUCUACCAACGUUGAAGAAAGUGAAGCACUUGUUCCAGAACCUGUAACAGACAUAGCUGUGGAAUCUGAAUGCUUGAUAUCCAAUGGAGAAAACAUUUCAUCAACGCAGGAUUUGGAAACUACCAAUUUGAAGACUGAUGAAUCGGAGGCAGAGAUAGUAAACGGAACAGUUGUGACUACCAAUCUGAAGACUGAUGAAUCAGAGGCAGAGAUAGUAAACGGAACAGUUGAGACUACCAAUUUGAAGACUGAUGAAUCAGAGGCAGAGAUAGUAAACGGAACAGUUGAGACUACCAAUCUGAGGACUGAUGAAUCAGAGGCAGAGAUAAUGAAUGGAACAGUUGAGGAUUCUUUAAAUAAUAAUAUCGAUAGCAUAUCUCUGAGCAAAAUAGAAGAAACAGAAAGUAAAACGUCAGUGAAGGACAAAAACGAAAUUGGAAAUAGGCAAGAGAUUUCUUUAGUUUCCGAACCAGGUGAAAGCACGAAGGACAUAACAGAAUCACUACCAUCUACCGAAGAAGUGAAAAACACAAGUUCCGUGUUAACUAAAGCAAUAAAUGCUGCAGAGAUAACGAAUAAAAAUAAUGCAGAAACGCCGACGCUAGUCAAGUCGGCAGUAUCAUCAACGAUAUCAAAAAUAAAAGCAAGCGGAGACGUGUGUGUUGCCCCUGUUACAAUAGAUAUAUCAUUUAUUUAUGCAUGUCAUUAAUAUUUCCAAUUCUUGUGCUAAAAGACACUUUAUAUACAUAUUGAAAUACUUGUUUUACAUAUAUCUAUCAUAGAUAAUUUAAAAUUUGAAAGCCUCAUCUGUGAUUUUAAAAAUCUUUAUCUGUGAUUUAAAAAUUUUAUUUUCAAAAUAGGACAUGAAAUAAAAUAUUUUGAAAGUUU